AUGGUGGACCGGGGCCCACUGCUCACCUCGGCCAUCAUCUUCUACCUGGCCAUCGGGGCAGCGAUCUUCGAGGUGCUCGAGGAGCCGCACUGGAAAGAGGCCAAGAAAAACUACUAUACACAGAAACUGCAUCUGCUCAAGGAGUUCCCGUGCCUGGGCCAGGAGGGCCUGGACAAGAUCUUACAGGUAGUAUCUGAUGCUGCAGGACAGGGCGUGGCCAUUACGGGGAAUCAGACGUUCAACAACUGGAAUUGGCCUAAUGCAAUGAUUUUUGCCGCCACGGUCAUCACUACCAUUGGCUAUGGCAAUGUGGCCCCCAAGACCCCUGCUGGGCGCCUCUUCUGUGUCUUCUAUGGUCUCUUUGGGGUGCCGCUCUGCCUGACGUGGAUCAGUGCCCUGGGCAAGUUCUUCGGGGGACGUGCCAAGAGGCUGGGCCAGUUCCUCACCAAGAGAGGCGUGAGCCUGCGGCAGGCGCAGAUCACAUGCACAGCCAUCUUCAUUGUAUGGGGCGUCCUGGUCCACCUUGUGAUCCCACCCUUCGUGUUCAUGGUGACCGAGGAGUGGGACUACAUCGAGGGCCUCUACUACUCCUUCAUCACCAUCUCCACCAUCGGCUUCGGGGACUUCGUGGCUGGUGUGAACCCCAGCGCCAACUACCACGCCCUGUACCGCUACUUUGUGGAGCUCUGGAUCUACCUGGGGCUGGCCUGGCUUUCCCUCUUCGUCAACUGGAAGGUGAGCAUGUUCGUGGAGGUCCACAAGGCCAUCAAAAAGCGGCGGCGGCGGCGGAAGGAGUCCUUUGAGAGCUCCCCACACUCCAAAAAGGCUCUGCAGAUGACUGGGAGUACAGCGUCCAAGGACGUCAACAUCUUCAGCUUUCUGUCCAAGAAGGAGGAGACCUACAAUGACCUCAUCAAGCAGAUCGGGAAGAAGGCAAUGAAGACGAGCGGGGCUGGGGAGAGGGUCCCAGCACCGGGGCUGGGGCCUCAGGGGGGUGGGCUGCCAGCCCUCCCCACUUCCCUGUCCCCUCUGGUGGUUUACUCCAAGAACCGGGUGCCCAGCUUGGAAGAGGUGUCUCAGACGCUGAAGAGCAAAGGCCAUGUGUCGCGGCCCCCCAGCGAUGAGGCCGGGGCAGGGGCCCCCAAGGAAGGCUCCCCGACCUCCGAGGUGUUCAUUAACCAGCUGGACCGAAUCAGCGAGGAGGGUGAGCCAUGGGACGCCCAGGACUACCACCCGCUCAUCUUCCAGAACGUCAGCAUCACCUUUGCGGACGAGGAGGCCGGCCUCUCGGACGAAGAGACAUCCAAGUCCUCCAUAGAGGACAACCUGGCUGGGGAGGAGAGGCCCCAGGAGGGGGCCGAAGCUGAGGUGCCCCUGAACCUGGGCGAGUUCCCCUCAUCGGACGAGUCCACCUUCACCAGCACCGAGUCUGAGCUCUCUGUGCCUUACGAACAGCUUAUGAACGAGUACAGUCCGUCCGACUGCCCCAGGGGCACGUGAGGCGGGGCCGGCUCCCCACCCCACCUCCGAUGGCUUCUGUCCCCCUCAUCCUGGGGCGUCCUACCAUGGCUGGGACCUCCGGCCCCUGGUGGGGGGCAGCCCUGGAACUGGGAGUGGGGGGCCAGGGGCCUUCCUCACCUUCCAUCCCCUCCGGCUAGAUGCUGUGGGUCAAACUCAGCGUGCACCCAGG